AUGGAUAAGGUCCCUACUCGAGUUGAUGGAAGGUUUAGGCUGGGAGAUAUGUUGGGGUCUGGCUUGUACACUGUUGUGUAUCAUGCACAGAAUAUCAUCAAGGAUAACGCAGUCGCCAUCAAGCUUGAACCUAUCAACCACUCAUCUUCCAUGCAGCGUGAAUACCGCAUUUUGAAAAACCUUGAAGGUGGUAUUGGGAUUCCCUGUGCCCUUUGGUUUGAUAGGGAGUCAGCAUAUCACACUCUAGUUCUUGAUCUCCUUGGGCCAUCACUGCAUCAUAUCUUCCUUGCCCACAACCAAAAAUUUAACCUUGACACUGUUGUGAAUCUAGGAGACCAGCUGGUCAGUUGGUGUGUGUAUUGCCAUCGCACACGCAGAUCACUAACCCCAUCUCUGCAACCUCUUAUCUUUCAACAUGCUGCAGGCAGCAGUGCAACUCAGCAAUGA